AUGAUUCUCAAAAUAGCCUCUAACAACCAUGUGAGAUUGUUAAUAUAUUUUAAAGCUAUAUUGCAGAAAGGAGAGGAAGAUAAAUUUUGCAUAGAUCCAGAUAAUAUUUGUGGUAAAGAUGAAUCGCCAUAUCUCAGCACUGAAGACCCUAACUGUAUAAAAGAUCUGAAUACAACAUGUGAACAAAGGGAUGAGAGCGUGUUAACAUUUCUCGGUCCACAGGCAAUAACUGGCUUGGUCAAGCUAUUGCAGUGGAGAUCACUAUUUCUUUUCUACGAGACAUCUACAGAAGUAGAAAUCUCUGAUCUUGUUGACAGUCUAUCUAAAGAAGGUGUUCUCCUUUCCUUAUUCAACAUUGACCAAGAGGAAUCUCUGCACAAUCGUCUGCAGCAAAUUUACCAACUCGAAGUUAACAUACAUCAUCGUCAAGAAAUUAAUAUUGUAGUAGUUUGCAAAUUCUCUUGUGCUCGAUACAUACUAAGAACGGCAAACAAAUUUGACGCCACAAACCUAGAGCACAAAACCCUCUUGAAAAUGUUCUCAAGAUGGCUGAUCGUUGUGUAUGGACAUAGUCAGGGUGUGUCAAGUGCUCUUCAAUCAUGUGCUUUCAACCUGGACAAUGUGGCUAUCAUUGCUUUCCCAGGAAUCAGCGGAAAUGGCACUGGGGUAUUUAACAAGGUUCUUCAGUCAGUACUUCUAGAAAUCCUGAAGGAGGAAUUAUCCGGAAGUCAUCUCAAGUUUAAAAAGGCGGUAAUAGACCAGUUAGAAACGGUAAAAACGCUAACAGGCAAACUAUAUCCACCAUUCGUCAUCAAGAAAGAAAUAAAUGGCACCAUUGAAUACGAAGGAUUUUGCAUGGAUCUUUUAAAGGAACUGGCAACGAAAUUAAAUUUUACAUAUACAGUCACAGAGCCUUCUGAUGGUAAAUGGGGAGAUUAUGAGGAUAUGAAUUUAACCUAUAAUGGUCUAGUUGGUCAACUCCAGAGACAAGAAGUAGACAUGAUUGCAGCUCCUUUAUCAACGUCACUUGAGAGAAAUAAAGUCAUGGAUUUCAGUUAUCCGUUCCGAUAUGAGUAUACAAGCGUCAUCUUUAAAAAAACGGAUGUUAAUGCCAAAAAAUGGAGGACUCUGGUUGACCCAUUUAAAUGGGAAGUUCUUGUUUGUAUAGGCUUUGCUCUACCUAUAAUGACUGUAUUGGCAUUCCUUAUUGAGAAAUAUAACCCUUAUUAUGAGACGCCAGAUCAUUCUACGGAGCGAGAUCGUAAUGGUGGACUCCAUAAGUGGCAUAGCUCUAUCUGGUAUAUGUAUGGCGCAUUGUUAUGCCAAGGCGGAGUACAUUUGCCAAAUUCAACAGCCGGUCGAACAUUAGUGAGCUCAUGGUGGUUGUUUUGUAUCAUCAUUGUUGGAAUAUAUUCUGGCAACCUUAUUGCCUUUCUCACAGUCACAAAAGAGAAACCUCCGUUUGAAACUCUAGCUGAGAUGAUAAAAUUAAAAGGUUCAUACAGAUGGGGCACUCUUUCAGAUACCAUAUUUGCAACUGUACUAUUGAAAUCUGAUAAUCCGAUAUACAAAGCCAUAGGAGACGGUAUUCGUGACUUUAACAAGACGGACCCCAAUGUCCUGAGUACAGACCCUGAAGUGCAUAUCGGAAAAGUAAAGAAAGGACAAUACGCUUGGAUAGGUGACAAAACGUCUAUAGAAUUAGCUAUGGCGAAAGAAUGCAGUUUAACGUCAAUCAAAGAAGAAUUUCUGCCUCUUAAGGACGGAUUUGGUUUCGUGAAAGGGUCACCCCAUACUCCUAUCUUUACGAAACACUACAUUUGUCUGGAUGAAAGAUCAAUAUUGCUGAAACAUAGUUUAUCACCUGUUCAUUAUGAAUCUCUUAUCAUCAAUGAAUGCGUAAAUAGUUCUGUUCCUGAGUAUGAUGUAAUACUUGGAAACCAGAGAGAUGUUGGGAAACAGAUUAAAUACAAAACCGCUGUCGUCAAAUGUCUGCCAACAGGAUUUUGGAGUGAAUUUGCUAAAGGUGUACGAAUGUUUGCGUCUAUGUCACAGACUUCGAAGUGUUUGAUGCCCUUGCUUAUAUAUACAGCUGACACUGUAGAUGGUUGUAAGCUCGCCUGUAUAAAUGAAUACGACUGUCUCUCAACUGAUGUUUGGUGGAACCUCUUUGGAAAGGCAGUAUGCAACAUGGGAUCUGUUACUCGUGAGAUGAUACUGGAUGCUGACCCUCAGAAGCUACAAAAUAGAAAGACCAAGCUUUAUACCAGAAUAUUGGUGAUGGUGAUUGUGAUGAAGAUGUCAAUGAUGAUUAUGAUGGUAAUGAUAACGAUGAUUAUCUGGUGUUUUGUUGUUAGUGAUAAUGAUGAUGGUGGUUGUGGUGAAUAUAAUAAUGUUGAUGAUAAUGCUGGUGAUGAUUAUCUUGAUGAUGGUGGUGCUGCUGAUUAUGAUAGUGUUUGUAAUGAUGAUAAUUGUCAUUAUGGUUGUGUUGAUAGUGGUGAUCCUGAUGAUAGUAGUGGUGGUGAUAAAAAUGUAGAUGAUGAUGAUUGUUGUGGUUGUGAUGACUGUGGUGGUGGUGGUUUUGAUGAUGAUGUGACACAUCAAUAUGUCAAAGCAUAA